AUGUUCUAUGGGGGUACUGAGAAGACGACAAUACCACUUACGGCGCGUCGGGAUGUCGAACUUCAUCCCACGGCUGACGACCCUGUUGCCGACGACGAGGUCGAGGAUGCAGAAGGCGACGACGGCGUCAAGGGGGAGGCCGCUGCCCAGAAGGGCAGCAAGACCGACCUGCCGAGUGCGGUCCUCGGAAUUAUCAAGUCCAUCCUGAAGGGCAUCAGGAAGGGCGAGGACAACCGCUCCGUCUUCACCCAGAAUAUCUGCAAUACAGUGCGCCAGAAGUAUCCGAGCUUCAACUUCGUCAUCUGCCACGUCAAGCACUCCCACAAGUUCGAUGGCUCCAAGGGCAAGGUCCAAGGACUGGGACCACUGGCACGAAGAGUUCGACAUCAAGAUCGGAGAAUGUCGUUAGAUGCGAAGUCUACUGGUGCCGCUCUGGCUCUUUCAUCCACCACGGAGACGGUGGUUACAUAA